AAGUACGUCAAUAAUAUAGUAGAAAUGAUCAUUUAGUCAUCUUUUUGUUCUGCUUUGGGCUCUCUAGUCCUUCACUUUUUAAGCUUAGUAUUAGAAGGUUUAAAUAUACCAAAUCUAGAGCGAGUGUCCUUUUCCAAAAUAAUUCAGUCCAAAAUAAUACUUUUAAAUGAUAAUAAUACACAUCAAUUAGGAGUGUUAUAAUUACUUCGCAUCAGUUUUUAUUUCUUCAUCUUCGAGUUGGAAAAGCUCUCCAGCCGUUGUUGAAACGGUGUUAUUUGUUUCAUCUCGUUUCAUUUUCCUUUUCUAUCUAUUUUGUUUAUUUCAUAAAGACAUUUUAUGAUUUUCAUAUCUUAGAUAUUUGAUUUAAGCUUAGUUUUGUCAAUUUAGGGAUUGUGUAGUAAAUUUUGGUAUCAAUUCGAGAUCAAUGGUUUUGGGGAUUGUAUAGUAGAUUUUGGUAUCAAUUCGAGAUUAAUGAUUCUUUUUAUUUUAAAUAUUUAAGGUCGACUGAUUCACUCCUAUCCCUCGUCACUAUAAAAAUUGAUUUUAUUUUAGAUAUAGGUCAAAUUUUAUUUUAUUUUAUUAAAGAGAGAAAAAAAUGUACAGUCUAGGAACAUUCAACACAUCUUCUAACUCUGUAUAAUAUUUUCGCAAUAAAACAGAAUUUGAUUUACAGAAUAACCUCUAAAAAUUCCUUAUCGUGAAACCACAAAAGAAUUGUUUGCUUAGGGUUUCAAGAUUUAAGGAUGCGAGAGUUGCGAAGUGGUGUUCGAAGAAGUCGUUCCGCAGCGGCAACAGUAGGAGAACAAGUUGGAAAUCGGAUUUAAUGAAAUUAAAUCUACCAUGUAGGAAAAACAAUUCAGAGUUGUUUCCUUUAGUUCCCUCCACAAUCAUUCCUAUCAAAUUGAAAACUCUCAGAAACUAAAACAGAGAUACUGAAAUGAAAUAGGGCGUUGUGUUAUUCGUCACUUUGAUCGGAAGAUUCCUUCAAACCUUUUUUUACAUCUUGUACAUUGAUUUUAUGUGGGGUUUGAACGGUAUUGAUGAAUCUAUUAAUAUGAUAGAACUUUGUUGGUAUUAUACAAUUUCUGGUUUGUUACUUUGAUUUCAACUCUGAGUUUGUUUCAAAUUAUUUCUUCAAUAUGUGGGAAUUUCCUGUUUAAAAGAUGCACGUUAGAUGGUCGAUAAAAUGCUACAACAGAAGGUUUUUGUUUAUUCGACCAUUUGAUUCCCACGAUAUUAGGGAUUUAAAAGGAUGCUUAUGGAGAUUAGGUUUUGAUGUAAAUUUCUGAUUGUUGGAAUGCUUUGUAUGAUAUUAACUGAUGCUACAAUCAGUUGAUAUCAAAUCAACAGCAGGCAGCACCUGUGGUUGAUUUUGCGAUUGUUUCUGUUUCUGCUAUGUACUUAAUGGAUUAUUGUGAUCUUUCUUAGCUAUCUUACGAUGAAGUUAGGCAACUGAUGUGCUUCCAACAUUUUAUAAGGUUCUUCUAUUUGCUCAUUGUUCAGUUUUACAAAAAAAUAUAGCAAAACCUUUUAUUCCAUCAAGCCCAAAGGGAAUCCUUACAACUUGCAUCAUAAUUCUACAGUCCACUUAGCUAGGGGAAUAACCCAGUUCUUGUUGCUCCGUCGGCCGUGGCAACGGUCAUCUAGUUAAUUUCAAGUUCAAACUUGACAUUUAAUUUUGAAUUAGUCUGAAGUUCUGCUAUUUUUUCAGAAUGAGGGAAUGGGAAAACUGGAACAUCUGGAUAUCCUAUUAAACAUCAUUGUUAGAUUGCCUGUAAAGUCAGUCUUGCGGUUCAGAUGUGUUUCGAAAGCCCAGUGCCAGUUGUUGAAAGACCUUCUGUUUAUCAGAAAGCACCUAAAUCAUGCAAUUGAAACGAAUAAGUUCAGUGUAAUGAUACUUUCUUAUACAUCACAAUAUUGUUCUGAUAAUCAUACAGAUACCUACACUGUAGCUUAUGAUCCAUUACUGUCUACAUUGAGUAACCACCCUGUCCAUAUAAAUUCUCCUUUGAGAUAUGAAGUUUCAGGAAUAGCUUUUUGAGGAACCUGUCAUGGAGUGAUUUGUGGAACCCUUGUUUGUGGUGAGAAUUAUGUUUUCCUUUGGAAUCCAGCAACUACGGAGUUCAAGGAAAUGCCAACUGUACCAAUUGAGCUAGCUAUUGAUUAUCUUUGCUGUAAAUAUGCAUUUGGUUAUGAUAACGAGGUUGAUGAUUUUAAGGUUGUAAGUUUUUCUCGGUGCUCUUGGGAGACUUGGGAAGUUCGGGUAUAUACCCUUAAAUCUAAUUCAUGGAGAAGGGUUGAGAAUAUAUCUUAUGAGCUUUGUGCAGAAGAUCUCGUUAUGACAAGUAAGUGUUAAUGGAGCUCCACAUUGGUUAGCAUCAACUGGCUCUGAGGGACAAGAAGUCAUAGCCUCUUUUUGUUUCAAGGAUGACAGAUUCAAGGAGAUGCCCCUACCCAACUUUUCUGAUGAGUAUGUUGAAACACGGUUGUGCUCAUUGGGAGGGUCCCUCUGCUUACUUGGUUCUAUUGGCAGGCACACUGAUAUAUGGGAGAUGAAGAAGUAUGGAGUGGCUGAAUCUUGGGCUAAACUUUUCACCUUGCCGUACACUUCAGAGUUGGUUCCGCUUCAGUUUGUCAACAAUGAUGAAGGCUCGGGAAAUGACAAUGAAUCAGAAGACGUAGACUCAGCAAAUGAUACUGGAACGAAAAGGGAAAGACCACAAAAAUGGGGUUCAGGCUUGGAAUAAUUUGAUUCUGUUUUGAUAUUUUAAGAAGUAGGGUGUCAUACCAGUGAUUCAGUCUGGCCAGUUAUCAGUUUACUGAACCUAAUAGCGUGUAUAUAUAUUCAAUCCUUACAUGCAGUCCAUGCAGCUAGCACAAGAACAGUAGAUCUGGACAGCACUAAUUCAGGUGCUCAUGUCUCCAAAGAUGAUAAUGACUUGGUAGAAGAAGAGGGGAAAGAGGAUGAGAUGGCAGAAGGAUUUCCUGCAAGUCCCAAAUCAGUUAAUGAAGCUAGGGAAACAAAUCCUGAAAAGAGUCGCGACAGAUAUAAUGAUUAUGUGGAAGAAUAUAUGGAUCUUAAAAGAAGAAAACUAGAUUUGGAAACAAGAAAACUGGAUAUGAAACAUAUGAAUAUGGACACAUCGAAGAUGAAUGCUUUACAGUUGAAGUGGUGCAAAUGGGUGCUGAAGAGAUUGCUCAAAAGCGCGGGUUCUGACAUGAGCAUUUGGUGGUGUGAAUUGAUGACAAGAUGGAGACCCCAAUCCAUUUCUUACAAGGCUGUUUUUGUGCUAUUUUCUCAGUCUGGUGAAUUUCUCAGUAUCUACUGAUUAAAUCCCAACGUCUUCAAUUGUGGUUUUUUCUGCAAGUCAUGGCCAGAUUCAAUUUGAAACUUGUUGUCAGGACAAGGAUUAAGAAUCCAUGGAUCGGAGUUUCAUGAAUGAAUGAAUCAAUCAGCAAUACUGUCAAUACUCAGCAUUAUCAGAAUUUGUUUUCAACAUUAAAAAUUACUUGAUCUCUUGUAUUUUCUUAAAUUAUGAUCGGUUCUGGACACCCCAUUAGCAGCCAUGUUUGUUUGGGUCCUUAAAAACAGAUAUUGGCCCAUGAGGCGCAAGUGGCACCAAGGGCAGGUUCAUAUAUCACAGAACCGUUAUCCUUGUAACCACACUCAGUGCAAGACACCACCACCACCACCAUCUUCCCAAAUGGCGGCUCUGUUAGAACCACCGCCAUUUUCAAAUCUUCAUCUCUCCUCUUCUUCUUCUUCUUCGAUAUCUUUUCAUACCCAAAAACCUAAUUUUCUUAGACUUCAGAACAACCAGUCAAAAUCCAUUUUACUUUAUCUAUAUUCUCCACCUCUUCCUCUUCUUAAACCCUUGUAUUGUUCCGCUUCUUCUUCUGGAGCAAUAGAUCCCCCACAACCUAAACCUCCACCAAUUGAAAAUAUCCCUAAUCCCAGUCCCAGUGGAGGAGAAAGAAGAGACUCCAUUUCCUGCUCAUCUUCUGGUUCUACUAAUGAGAGCCGUAAAAAAGAUCGACGAAAGACUGUGAAACUUGCUUGGGAAAAAUUGGUUCGAUGGUCUCGUUCUUGGAGAAACAAAAACAAGACUGAUGUUCUUCAACGCACCAAAAAGGUUGUGGUUCUUGGAGGUGGGUCUUUUGGUACAGCAAUGGCUGCUCAUGUUGCAAACAAUAAAGCUGAAAUGGAGGUUACUAUGCUUUUACGAGACCCUGUCGUUUGCUUGUCGAUUAAUGAGAGUCACUAUAACUGCAAGUAUUUUCCUGAACAUAAGUUACCGGAUAACGUCAUUGCAACAACCGAUGCAAAGACUGCGUUAGAUGGUGCUGAUUUUUGCUUACAUGCUGUUCCUGUGCAGUUCAGUUCAUCUUUUCUUGAGGAUAUAUCGGAGCAUGUUAACUCGAGCCUACCAAUCAUAUCCCUCAGCAAGGGUUUAGAGUUGAAUACUCUGAGGAUGAUGUCUCAGAUUAUUCCUCAAGCAUUGGGGAACCCUCGCCAACCGUUUGUUGCAUUAUCAGGGCCGUCUUUUGCAUUAGAGCUGAUGAAGAAAUUGCCAACAGCAAUGGUGGUGGCAUCAAAAGACCGGAAACUGGCAAGUUCCGUUCAGCAACUUCUAUCUUCUCAGCAUCUGAGGAUCAGCACAUCAAGUGAUGUUACAGGAGUGGAAAUUGCAGGUGCACUAAAGAAUGUUCUUGCAAUAGCAGCUGGAAUCGUAGACGGGAUGGAUCUUGGAAACAAUUCUAUGGCAGCUCUUGUAGCACAAGGUUGUUCGGAGAUACGUUGGUUAGCAACAAAGAUGGGAGGAAAGGCAGCAACAAUCACCGGAUUAUCUGGAAGCGGGGACAUUAUGCUUACAUGUUUCGUUAACCUUUCGAGAAACAGAACACUAGGAGUACGUCUUGGAAGGGGAGAGACUCUUGAUGAUAUAUUGAGUUCCAUGAAUCAGGUAGCUGAAGGCGUAUCAACAGCUGGUGCUGUGAUUGCAUUGGCUCAGAAAUAUAAUGUAAAGAUGCCAGUUUUGACAGCAGUUGCUCGCAUAAUUGACAAUGAACUAACCCCUCAAAAAGCCGUUCUCGAGUUGAUGGGUCUCCCUCAGGUUGAAGAAGUUUGAAACUACCUACAAAGAGAGAUUAUUUUUGAAUGUGAUAAAUAAACACUGUGAAGACUAGGCCAUUUUUUAUCUUCAAUUGCUAUAAUUGUGACCUGUACAAAGCUACCAACACAUGAGAAGUACGAAGCUAUUGAAGACUGCUGUGUUUAAUCUACUUGUGCCUGGAGAACCUCCAGUGUGAGACAGAGUAGGGCCGAAUUACACGCUACCCCAUUUUCCAGACUCCAGAGGUAUCAGAUGGUAUAGAUACAAUUGAAAGAAGUAGUAACUGAUUUUAUUGUUUCUUCUGUUCUGCCAUUAUGAAUGUUCUUCUUCGCUAUUAACAAGGCAGCCGAGUCCUGUUGUACUGGAGUUCAUAUUUUCAUUUGUCUUUCCAUAUGGUCCUUUCUCCAAAAAAUGCAACAUUAUAUUUCAUCCUGAAUAUGCUUGUACAAGCAAAGUUUAACUAGCAAUAUUUCAUUGUAGUCUCAGUUAAACAUAAAAAAAAAAUACCACUUUCAGGUCUUUA